AUGAUUCCAGACACAAAUGAUGAAGCCAUUGUUGCAUACGCUGUUCGUCAAUAUUGUGUCGAUUUACUAGAAAUCUCUGAAGAUGGUGGAUCAAUCCGUCGUAAACAUCCUAUUCCUGACUACCGCCAAAUAGAUUCAAGAACGAUAUAUGUGGAACGACUUGCACAUACAUCCAACGAAGCAUGUAUUCGAUCAGUAUUUCAGUCGUUUGGUGAGAUUGAACAAGUGGUCAUGUCUAAAUCUAUUGUUUCAAAAGGGUUUCCUGGAUGUGCUUUUGUUGUUUUCGCCAAAGCAGAUUCAACGAGUUUAGCUAUUGAUCAAUAUGACGAAUUUUGGAAACCACUUACUUCCAAAACCGACGUUGCUCUGUUUCUCAAAAAUGAAGCGAUAUCUCCAAGCGGACUGCGAGUCAUGUCAAAAUUUGAAUGGAACAGACGGACGCUUGAAUAUGCUAAUUUGCUGGCUGAAAGACAAAAACUAUUAACACAAGUCAAAAUAAGCAAAACCGGUCAACACCAUCACGCUACGUUUGUCUCUGGAGUUGUCUGUUUGUUCGAGGGUAUACACAUAGACACUAAUGCAAAAUACUUGAAGGGAUAUAUUAGAUUUAAAACGGCAUAUGAUGCUCUUGCAGCCGAAACUUAUUUUUCUAAACAAGCCAUUUUACAAUCACACAAGUCAUGCACUGGAAUACUAUGUUCUAGCUCUGAUAGCCCAACAUCCACCUACGAGAUGCGCGUUAAACUACGUAUUCUUCAAGGAAAAGAAGAAAAAAGCUAUUGGAAAUUCAUCCACCACACUCGACGCAGCGCUGGAGUUGUAGAUAUUGCCAAAGACUCGAGGGUUGAACGCAUUGUAUCAUCUCACGUCAAAUUUGACGAGAAUGUAGAUUCUUGUUUAAAAAUAGUUGAUUCUAAUAGCGAAAAUCAAGUGGAGACUGUAAAAAACAACUGCACGAGUCAAUCUGAAGCCAACUUAUUAGGAAAACAUACUAAAUUUGAUGUGUCAGACGACGAUUGUGAUAUCAUGACAGCAGAUCAAAGUAGUGUGUUUGAAUGCAUACCAAAACCUGAAUCUGACAUGGGUGGUCAAAGAAUAAAACGGCUGGCUAGUUUUGAAUUGGAUCACGAGCAGGAUAAUAGUACAGGAGCCUUGCAAUCGACUGGAUCUGGUAAACGACCGCGUAGGAGGCGAAGACACGGAAAACGCAUACAUCAAGGCGAUUCCAUAGCACCUGCUGACAGCUCUUGA